GAGAAGCAGCUGAACACCGGUGAAAUCCUGAGAGAAGGAGAUUCAGAAGAAGGAUACGUGGCUACGAAUCUUCGUCUUUUUGCUGAUAGGUUUAUAUAGCAAUGUCGGGUAACAACAACAAUCCACAAAAGCCUCAAGGCUCUGCACCUUCGCCUUUUGGGAAUCCGGGGAUGGCCUCUGCAUCUGUUCCUGGAAACCAAGGCUUUGCUCAGUCUCAAAUGGCAGCUAACUUUCAAGCUCAGUUUCAGUUCUCACAAGCUCAGGCCCUAGCUCAUGCUCAAGCACAGUCUAAAGUUCAAGCACAACUGCAAGCUCAGUUACAAGCUCAAGGCAUGACUAUGAAUCAAGCACAAGGUUCCCCUGGGAUUGGUGGGUUGGGUCCUUCUUCGCCUUCUUUGACAACUCCUGGAAGUUUAAACAUGAAGAGGUUCCAGCAGAAACCGCCUAUGCGACCUCCUGGUGCUCCUGCGAGUAAUAACACUAUCUCCCCCAUGAGAACAAUGGAGUUAACUCCUGCUGCUCGGAAAAAGAAACAGAAGCUUCCAGAGAAGUCAUUGCAGGAGCGGGUGGCAGCAAUCUUGCCAGAGUCUGCCUUAUACACACAACUUCUGGAGUUUGAGUCUCGGGUCGAUGCUGCGUUAACUAGAAAGAAAGUUGACAUCCAGGAAGCCCUUAAAAACCCUCCCUGCAUACAGAAGACUCUUAGGAUCUACGUUUUCAACUCGUUUGCUAACCAAAACAACACGAUCCCUGGGAAUCCUAAUGCUGACCCGCCAACAUGGACUCUUAAAAUUAUUGGUAGGAUACUGGAAGAUGGGGUGGAUCCCGACCAGCCAGGGUUUGUUCAGAAAGCAAACCCAUUGCAUCCCAAAUUCUCGUCUUUCUUCAAAAGGGUUACAGUUUCCCUGGAUCAGAGGCUGUAUCCUGAGAACCCAUUGAUCAUCUGGGAGAAUGCUCGGUCACCUGCUCCUCAGGAAGGGUUUGAGAUAAAGAGGAAAGGGAAUCAGGAGUUUGCAGCUAGUAUACGGUUGGAGAUGAACUACGUCCCUGAAAAGUUCAAGCUUUCUACUGCAUUGAUGGAUGUUCUCGGGAUUGAGGUUGAAACCCGCCCAAGAAUCAUCGCUGCAAUUUGGCAUUACGUUAAGGCGAGGAAACUGCAGAACCCAAAUGACCCCUCUUUCUUCAACUGUGAUGCUGCACUUCAGAAAGUUUUUGGGGAAGAAAAGUUGAAAUUCACUAUGGUCUCUCAGAAAAUAUCUCAUCACUUGUCGCCUCCACCACCGAUACACUUGGAACACAAAAUCAAGCUCUCAGGAAAUAAUCCGGCCGUAUCGGCAUGUUAUGAUGUGCUAGUGGACGUACCUUUCCCGAUCCAAAGGGAUCUGAACAAUUUGCUAGCCAACGCAGAGAAGAACAAAGAGAUUGAGGCUUGUGAUGAAGCAAUAUGUGCAGCCAUAAGGAAAAUCCAUGAGCAUAGGAGGAGGCGGGCAUUUUUCUUGGGGUUCAGCCAAUCGCCAGUUGAAUUCAUAAACGCCCUGAUUGAAUCUCAGAGCAAGGAUCUAAAGGUCGUUGCGGGAGAAGCCAGUCGAAAUGCUGAGAGAGAACGUCGAUCAGACUUCUUCAACCAACCUUGGGUCGAAGAUGCAGUUAUACGUUACUUGAACCGGAGGCCAGCAGCUGGGAACGAUGGGCCAGGGAGUUGCAAAAUGGCGAUAUGGUUUCAGAGAGUUUUCCUGUUGCUUCUCGUUUCCUGUUGCGCCUCUUCAGAUUUUCUGGAAAAUCCAGACUUUGAAUCUCCACCAUUAAACGUAACUACAAACUCAAAUGCUAGCUCUGUGUCGCUGGAUCAGAACAGUACACUCCCUGGAUGGACAUUCCAAGGGACAGUGCUUUAUGUUGAACUGCCUGAUACCGGACAUGCGGUUCAGCUCGGUGAAGAUGGCAAGAUCAAUCAAACAUUCAUUGCCAAAGGUGAUGAUUUGAACUACAUCCUCACAUUCGCGUUGAGCAGUGCAGGCCAGAACUGUUCAAGCUCUGCUGGUCUCAGUGUCUCGGGGCCAGACAGUAAUGCGGUUUUUUCUUAUCGACAAAACUACAGUAAGGUUUCAUGGCAGAGCUACAGUCAUAACUUGGGUAGUUGGGGGAAUGGUCAGCCUAUUAACUUAGUUCUUGAAAGCCAGGCAAUAGAUUCUGAUUCUGAUUCUGAUUCUGAUUCUGAUACAAACUCCACCUGUUGGCCUAUCAUUGACACAUUGCUUAUCAAGACUGUUGGUGUAACAUUGGUCCAAGACAGUGGUAACCUCUUAAUCAAUGGUGGAUUUGAAUCUGGACCGGGUUUCUUGCCCAACUCAACCGAUGGAGUUCUAAUUGACGCGGUGCCAAGCCUGAUUCAAUCACCAUUAAAGCAGUGGUCUGUUAUAGGAACAGUCAGAUACAUAGACUCGGAGCACUUCCAUGUCCCAGAAGGCAAAGCUGCAAUAGAAAUUCUGUCUGAUACAGCUCCAUCUGGCAUACAGACAGCAACAAAAGGCACAAGUGAAGGUUCAAAAUACAACCUCACAUUUACCUUAGGAGAUGCUAACGAUGCUUGCAGAGGUCAUUUCGUGGUGGGUGCUCAAGCUGGCUCCGCAACUCAAAACUUCACAUUGGAAAGUAAUGGGACUGGCUCUGGUGAGAAGUUUGGGUUAGUGUUUGAAGCAGACAGAGAUGCAACACAGAUAAGUUUCACCAGCUACUCGGUUACAAUGACAAAAGAGGAUGUUGUUUGUGGUCCUGUGAUUGAUGAAGUGAUGGUACAUCCUCUUGGUGGAACAGCCUCAGUAAAACCCACAUGGCUGCUACUUAUUUUUGCUUUGUUGUAUGUUGCAGUUCUCUGAUUGAAACUGUUUGGGAGAGAGGUCAUAAAGAAGAUAUUUUUGC